AAGGCUAUGAAUUUUAUAUUUUAUUUUUAUUUUUCUUACUUAAAGGACAUGGUUGGAAUUGUUUAGAAAAAACUGUACUGCGCUUGCAAAAUCUUUAUAGUUGAAUUCUUGCGUAUCCGACGGUCCAGUCCACCGCCUUUGGAAGUACCGGGAGCGUUUAUGUAAAAACAUAACAUUCCCAUUCUCCACAAAGAGCAGCAUUUGCCACCAGAUACAAUACCAAAAAAGAACGUCAACAGACCAACAACCGAGCGCCACGUUCCAAUAAAAAUCCACAAAAGUCCUCUUCUCCAGCACGUGGCAGCACCACAAAUCGCCUUCACAACCCCUCGUUAAGGCGGCCGUGACGCAGAACUUCCUAUUAUUUUAACCGCAGUGGAAACGAAGAGCUCCUAGAAUAUUAACCCAACCCAGGGUUAAACUACCCAACCCAUGGUUCAAACCCACGUUAAGAGCAGUUUAUAUACCAGAGAAACCCUCCCACUACCUCCGUAACACUGCAACUACCAAGAUGAUGAUCGGAGAACCCAACCGCCCUAAUCCCACGGUCCACGUUCCCCCCUGGUCCGUCGUGGACGAUCCGACCGCCAAUAUGUGUUUUCCCUUUCCUCUCCCCGAUGGCAAUGCAACCGGUGCCGGAGGCGGAGGUGGCGCCGGAGACUUCUCCGACUACUCCCCUUACGUCCUCGGUGAGGCCCUCUCGGCUCUGCAGCGCUACCUUCCGUCAAACGACGUCGACUUCGAUUCGGACUCCGAUGUUUCAGGUCGGGAGUCGGAUAUUCCGCUGGACGCCUUCUCGUGCGACCAGUUUCGGAUGUUCGAGUUCAAGGUGAGGCGGUGCGCACGCGGGAGGUCCCACGACUGGACCGAGUGCCCGUACGCGCAUCCCGGCGAGAAGGCUCGCCGGCGGGACCCGAGGAAGUACCACUACUCUGGAACGGCCUGUCCGGAUUUCAGGAAAGGGAGCUGUAAAAAGGGCGAUGCGUGCGAGUACGCGCACGGGGUCUUUGAGUGCUGGCUUCAUCCCGCUCGUUACAGGACCCAGCCGUGCAAGGACGGCACCAAAUGCCGCCGGCGAGUUUGUUUCUUCGCGCACACGCCGGAGCAGCUCCGUGUUUUGCCGGCUAGUUCAAGCCCUAGGACUCCGACCGCCGUGGACUCGUACGACGGGUCGCCGUUCCGGCAGGCGCUCGAGGCAUCGAAGGGGUUGCAGUAUCCACCUUCGCCGGCGUCUGUUUCUCCGCCGUCCGAUUCUCCUCCGAUGUCGCCGAUGACUCACCCGCUGAGUGGGUCCCUGGGAUCAAACUCCAUCAACGAGAUGGUCGCCUCUCUGCGUAAUCUGCAGCUGCAUAGGAUGAAAUCGGUACCGUCUUCAUGGGGAGUUCAGGUUGGUUCUCCCGGGUUCGGGUCGCCCAGAGGUCCGAUUAUCCGACCCGGCUCGUACAGUCUCCCUUCGACGCCAACUCGCGCUCCUGCUCGACCUGGACUGAGUUACCUAGAUUUUUGGGAUGAGGGUUGCGAAGAGGAACCUGCGAUGGAGCGGGUCGAGUCGGGUAGGGAUCUGCGCGCGAAGAUGUACGAGAAGCUGAGCAAGGAGAACUCGCUGGAUCGGGUGGACCCUCGGCCGUCCGGCGGCGGCCCAGACGUUGGGUGGGUUUCGGAGCUGGUGAAGUGAAGGGAAGGAAACCAUUACUGAAAAACCUCAACUGGUUCCUUUUAUAUCAUUGAUUUUUGGUUAAUUAAUAUUCUUCUGGUAUUGCUUAGGAUCUAUGCUGAAGUCACUCUGGAAGGCCUUCACCAUAUAUAUAUAUAUAUAUAUAUAUAUAUAUAUGGAUCGUCCUCUGUUUGUGAAUACAGAUUCAGGAAUUAAGCAGAACUAAAGCUGAAGAUUGUGUGUAAAUAUUUAGGAGGUUUUAAGGACAGGGUGAAGAGUUCAAUCUCUUUUUUUGGGGAGGAAUUUUCUGAGUAAGUUCAGAAGAGACUUGCCUUACUGAAGAAAAAAGCAAAAGAAAAAAUUGCAGACUUUUGUAUAGACAGAAGAAACGAAGGUACGUACGUACAUGGUGGUGAGCUGCCGAAGAAAGGAAGGAGCUGGUAGCAGGCGAAGGAUUAUGGAUUAUUUCCAGUAUUUUUGGUUAAUUUUUGUGUUCAUCAUCACCGCCAUCAUUUUCCCAUUUUCCAUUCUAAAUGAUCUUUUGAUCUUUAUCCUGUAAAUAGUGAUGAGCCGCUGCUGCUCCUGCUCCUGCUGCUGUUCUUAUGUUACUCCCAAGUAUCUUAUUCCUGUAAUGUGUAAAAUUUUCUCAAUUUUCUUUGGUUAAUUUCCCAAGAUUCAGAGUUCA